GCUGAUGCGUGCUCCGCUACCGGGCCGAACUGCUUCUUCCGUUUCACUCCUGAGUCCUUGGAUGAAAUUAGAAAGAGAAUUGCUGAGAAGAAAGCGGAGCAAGCCAAAGCCUUAGAGGAGGGCAAGAGCGAAGAGCAAGAAGAAAAUAUCCAACCGCAGCUUGAUCUGAAAGUUUUUAAAAAGCUGCCUCAUCUUUAUGGGAAACCCCCUCCCUGGCUCAUCGCAGAACCACUGGAGGAUGUCGAUCCCUAUUACAAAGAUCAUGAGACCUUCAUGGUGAUAUCAGCCCGGAGAAGAAUCUAUCGGUUUACUGCCACAAAAGCAUUUUUUUUACUUAGUCCUUUUCAUCCAUUGAGAAGAUUAGCAAUCAAAAUUUUGAUACACACUUUCUUCAUUACAUUCAUAACAUGUGUUGUUCUCAGCUACUGUGGGUUUAUGACUUUGAAAGAUCCUCCAUCAUACUAUUACAUAACUGAGAUUUCUUUCACAGUCAUUUACACAAUUGAAUUACUAGUAAAGGUGAUGGCAAGAGGAUUUGUUUUGAAUGAGUUUACCUAUCUCCGGGAUCCCUGGAAUGUCCUGGAUUUCUUUGUAUUAAUUAUGACAUAUUUAUCCUUUCGUCAAGAGUUUGGUAGCAUUUCUGCUCUCCGAAUUUUCAGAGUACUGAGAACAUUAAAAGCAAUUUCUGUAAUCCCAGGAUUGAAAGUCAUUAUAGCCUCACUUCUUCAAUCAGUGAAGAAGCUCGCAAAUGUAAUGCUGUUAACGGUUUUUUUCUUGGCCGUCUUUGCCCUUGUUGGCCUCCAGCUUUUCAUGGGCAACUUAAAAUAUAAAUGUGUCCAUCAAGAUUUCAUUAACAACAGCUCAUGUUCAGGUAAAUUAUAUAUCUUUCUCUAUGUGCAUAGAUAUUUUAAAUGUAUUGAAAUGAAUGGUUCUUCUGAUCCAUUGUUAUGUGGAUACACUUCAGAUCCUAAUGGGUCUGAAUGUCAAACCAACUAUUAUUGUGUGAAAUGUGGACCCAAUCCUAACUAUGGAUACACAAGUUUUGAUCACUUUGGAUGGGCUUUCCUUUCUUUGUUUCGACUAAUGACGCAGGACAGCUGGGAACUUCUCUAUCAACAGGUUAUCAGAACAUCUGGGAAAACCUACUGCAUCUUUUUUGUGAUCAUCAUCUUUUUGUGUUCAUUUUACCUUUUCAAUUUAAUCCUGGCUGUUGUAACAAUGGCAUACGAUGAGCAACACAAAGCAACACUUGCACAAACAAAGGCAAGAGAGAUGCUGCUCCAGAAAGCGAAAGAUAUAUUAAAAAAGGAAAAGGAAGCGAUUGACCAACAACACAUGGAUGAAGAAGAUGAAGAAAUGCCAGAAUGGGAAGAACCAAAAUUGAAAUUCCCUCCCGGCAUAAAAAAGGCUGUCCGGAAGUAUCUCAUUUGGCAAUGCUGCCCUCUCUGGUUGCAGAUAAAGAAAACAAUGAAGAAGUUAAUGAUCAAUCCUUUUAUGGAACUAUUUAUUACACUGUGCAUUAUAGUGAACACUCUACUGAUGGCAUUAGAAAGCAUGUCUAUUCCAACAAAGGUGGUUGUGAUAGGAAACAGGGUUUUCACUGGUAUUUUUACAGCUGAAAUGGUGCUCAAAAUUAUUGCACUUGAUCCAUUUUACUAUUUUCAAGACCCUUGGAAUAUUUUUGACUCGGUACUGGUUGUUCUAGGCAUAAUAAAUUUGAUGCUUGAAAAACACCUAUCAAUUUUCAGAAUGCUGAGAAUCUUCAAGUUGUCAAAGUUUUGGCCAGCUUUAAAUAAGCUGAUGAAAAUAAUCUUCAAAUCGGUCGGCCCACUGGGUAACCUCACACUUGUUCUAGCUUUCACCAUAUUCAUUUUUGCCGUGGUUGGCAAACAGGCCUUUGGGAACUUUUACAAAGCCAUGUUAAACUCAUCCAACUGCUCUAUCUGUACCGAUUCCGAAGUACCAUAUUGUCACCCUACUAACCAAACCGGUAGAUUACGAUGGCAUAUGGAAGACUUUUUCCACUCGUUCCUUAUUAUAUUCCGAAUUCUGUGUGGAGAAUGGAUCGAAACCAUGUGGGGCUGCAUGGAAGUUGCUCAGGAUGGAUGGUGCAUUAUUCUGUUCAUGACAGUGCUUGUUUUUGGAAAUCUAGUGGUCCUCAAUCUUUUCAUUGCUUUAUUGCUGAGUUCCUUCAAUAGUACUGAUUCAGAAACUGAGACCAAUGAAAAGGAGGCUGGACCUCAGGAGGCCUUGGCUCAUAUUCGCAGAGGGUUGCAAUCCGUCAGAGAUUUCUUGUGGAGUUCAUGUUGCAAUGCACUCAUGGAGAAACUGAGGAAAACAAGCACGAAAAACAAGAACCUGACUAUUGUUAUGCAAAAGUCCAUUGGUGCUGAGGCAGAAGAAGGGAUCCAACAGAAUUAUGUCAGGAGUGAAACUUUCAAAAACUGCCAGAAACCACCACUGAAUGGAAAGCAGGAAGAUGUUCUCUUAAAUGCAAAUACAUUUGUUUGUGUUCCCCUCGCGGAGCUGGACACUUUAAGUGACGAUGAAGAGUCUGUAAUCGUGGAAACUGAAUGGAGUAAGCAGAGAGUUGAUACCAGCUGUUCGGAAGCUAGCACAGUAGAUCAGAGAUCUCCUGUUUUCCUUUUGCCUGUGCUAAAGAAGGAGCCCAAGAGCUGUUUCCCACAAGCUUUCUUUCCAUGUUGCAGAAUGAACACCAAUAAAUUUCCAGGCAAAACUUGGUGGAAUUUUAGAAAAACCUGCUACAAAAUUGUAAGGCACAAUUGGUUUGAAUCUUUUAGCAUAUUCAUGAUAUUACUGAGCAGUGGUGCUCUGAUCUUUGAAGAUAUUUACCUUGAAAAUAGAAAAACAAUAAAAAAUAUACUGGAGUAUGCGGAUCUAUUUUUUUUCUACAUCUUUUUAUUGGAGAUGCUUCUGAAAUUGGUAGCUUAUGGAUUCAGGUCAUAUUUCACCAAUGGCUGGUGUUGUCUUGAUUUCUUUAUUGUAUGUGUAAGUAUUGCAUGUAAUGUGGUGCUUGCGUAUAGUUUUCUUGUUCUGGGUAUGUGCAACCCCACGAUCUCCAUAAAAUCUCUCAGAACUUUGAGGGCCUUGAGACCACUUCGAGCAUUGUCUAGAUUUAAAGGGAUAAAGGUGGUCGUGAACGCCCUCGUAGGAGCGAUCCCUUCCAUUGGGAAUGUCCUCCUUGUCUGCAUUGUUCUCUGGCUUCCGUUUAACAUCCUCGGAGUACAACUGUUCAGAGGCAAAUUUGGGAACUGCAGCUCAUCUGUUCCGGAUGUAAAUAGGGCUGACUGUGUCAAUGCACCGGUCAAUUUUGACGAUAUUAUGAAAGGAUAUUUGGCUCUCCUACAAGUGGCAACGUUUAAAGGCUGGAUGGAAAUCAUGUAUGCUGCAGUAGAUGCACCCAGUGGUAACCAGACAAGGCCAUGUUUUGAAAACAAUGUGUAUGCCUACCUCUAUUUUGUGGUCUUCAUUGUAUUUGGCUCAUACUUCAUGCUGAACCUAUUCAUUGGAGUCGUUAUUGACAAUUUUAACCAACAAAGGAAAAAGAUACGUGGAGAACUCAUAUUUUUGUCAGACGAUCAGAAGAAAUAUUAUAAUGCACUGAAGAAACUUGGUUCCAAAAAACCAGUUAAAGUUGUUCCAAGGCCACAGAACAAGUUCCAAGGACUACUUUAUGAUGUUGUAACCAAGCAAGGAUUUGACAUUUUCAUUAUAAGUCUCAUCCUGUUGAACGUGGUGAUUAUGGCAGUAGAAUAUGAAGACCAACCAGAGGAUGCAAGGAAACUCCUUGAAAAAUUAAAUUCUGUCUUUGUUGCUAUUUUUACUGGAGAAUGCGUUAUGAAAAUGUUGGCUUUGAGGCUGUUUUACUUUAAAGACAACUGGAACAUCUUUGAUUUUGCAGUGGUGAUUCUUUCUUUAGUUAGUGUUGCAGCUACAGAAUCUUGGAAUAGUCUUGAUUUCCCACCCACGAUCCUGAGAAUCAUUCGCAUGGCCCGGGUCAGCCGGCUGCUGAGGCUCAUUCGAGGGGCCCGGGGGCUCCGGACCCUCCUUUUUGCACUCCUGAUGUCCCUUCCUGCUCUUGCCAACAUUGGGCUCCUCCUUUUUCUGAUCAUGUUCAUUUACGCUAUUUUUGGCAUGAGCAACUUCGCCUGUGCCAGUUGGAAGGGCGGCAUUGACAACAUUUUCAACUUCCAGACUUUUGGUGGCAGCAUGCUUUGCCUCUUUGAAAUCACAACGUCUGCUGGCUGGCAUGGAUUUCUCAACCCAAUGCUCGACAACCGUAGUAACAAUAUUUGCGCUGGCUCCACACAGCAAACAGGCCCUUGUAUUAACCGGACUGUGGCAAUUACAUAUUUUGUUAGUUAUGUCAUUAUAUCAUUUCUUAUUGUUGUUAAUAUGUACAUUGCUGUCAUCAUAGAGAACUUGAACGUCGCCACCGAAGAAAGCACAGACCCUUUGGGUGAUGAUGAUUUUGAAAUUUUCUAUGAAGUUUGGGCAAAAUUUGAUCCAAAAGCAACCCAGUUUAUUUCUUAUUCAAUGCUUUCAGACUUUGCAAAUGCUCUGGAAGAACCAUUGCGCGUUCCCAAACCAAACAGCCAACAGCUGAUGGCAAUGGACCUCCCGAUGGUUAAUGGAAAUAAGGUCCACUGCCUGGACAUUUUGUUUGCUUUUACCAAAAGGGUGUUGGGAGAAGCUGGAGAAAUGGAUGUCCUGGAGUCCCAGAUAGAGGAAAAAUAUCCAGAGAUGAUUGCCUACGAACCCAUAGUAACAACUCCCAAGCGGAAACAUGAGGAGAGUGCUAUUGUUAUCCAGAGGGCUUUCAGGAAACAUCUCCUUCACCUUGCAACACAAACAACCUUCCUGGAGGACAGCGUGGGAAGCCCCUUGGAGGACAUACCUGAAGAGGAAGAUGGCUUCGUUGUCAUGAUAAGCAAAGGUGAAAGUGAAAAAGAAGACAGCCAGUCAGAUGAUUCCCACAGCUCAGCCUCUCUAGCCAUUCCUCCAUCAUAUAGUAAUGUCAUAGCUGGAGACAUUCCUGUGGUGAAGAUUAAGGAUCAUAGUGAUGAUGAUACCCAGUGA